AUGUCAAUACGUGGACAUAAUCAUGAUCAAGAUCUGCAGUCCCUGAAGUUAAAGCAGUUUAAAGAGAAACUGGUAUUUCAAUCAACCCAGCAAGUUAAACCUUUAACUGUGAUUUAUGAUGAAGAAGCUCGAAAUUUUCCUGAAGCAUCUGCUAUGUAUGCACAGCGUUCAGCAGAAAGUCUCAUGAGAAGAGCAAGAAAAUCUUCUCUGCCGCUUAUUCCCGAUACGCUUAGACAAUUAGGAGAUUUGUUUGAACAGGGAAAUUUGAAUCGUUACCAGGUCAAUGAUGAAAUAAUUUAUAAAGGUUGUGUAGAAGAUACCCAUGGAAAUUAUUCUAUCAUAUUUGCCAGUCAAAUCAUGACUAACAAUGCACUCAGUAUUUGUAAACGAGAGCUACAUGCUGAUUGCACAUUCCGGAUUACUCCAUCAAAACCAAAAUCCUACCAACUUUUGGUUCUUCAUGGGAUUAGUAUUCCUCUCGUUUAUGUACUGAUGGAGUCGAAGAAUAAGUCUAGUUAUCAAUCUGUCAUUUCCUUCAUUAAAUCUGAUAUACUACCUAAUUUUCGACCACGAAAAAUAAUGACUGAUUAUGAAAGUAGUUUAAGAAGUGCGUUAGUUGAACAAUUUCCUACGGCAAAACCUAUAGGGUGUUGGUUUCAUCACAAUCAAGCUGUUUGGAAAAAGAUGAAAACUUUGGGUUAUCUUAAUUUGGUCCAUAAUAAUGAAAACGCCCGUAACAUUCUUAGACAACUCUUAGUAUUACCCUUACUUCCGGCACAAAAAAUUGUUCAGGGAUUUAGAAUCAUCAAAAGACUUGCAAGGAGGUAUUUAAUAGAAAUGAAUACUCUAUUUGAUUAUUACGAAAGAUUUUGGAUACACAGGGUUGGAGUGGAAAUAAUAUCAGUAUACGGUCAGGCUAGGAGAACAAAUAAUCACAUUGAAUCUUUCCACAACAAACUUCGCUAUUCAUUUGGGGUAGCUCAUCCAAAUAUCUGGGUGUUUUUGAAUAAACUUUGUGAUUUGAUUAAAAACUACAAUAUCGUCAUAAAUCAACUACAAAAUGGUUUAACUCCGACAAGGAAUACAAGAAGUCGUUAUAUUGCCAAUAGUGAUCGGAUUCAAUAUGCCACUAGACAACUUAAUUUAGGUCUUAUAAAUACCAAAGAAUUUCUGAGCAGUGUUCUUACACAGUGGCUUCUUAUGAAGAAAACCAAAGAUAUUUUGCCUUGA